AUGGCAGCGGAGAGCAUCCUUGAGGAAUUCUCUGAUGAAACGACAUGCACCAUCUGCCUGGAGUGUUUCCGGGACCCUGUGACGAUAGACUGUGGGCACAAUUUCUGCCAGGCCUGCCUCAGCCAGUACUGGGAGGAGGCGGUGGGCAAAGAGGUGUCCUGCCCUCAGUGCAGAGAAACAAUUCAGCAAAAGCAGUUCAGGCCAAACCGGCAACUGGCCAACGUGGCCAAUCUGGUGAAGAAGCUUCAAAAGAAAAAAGAUUUAGAAGCAAGAAUGGGCAUGUGUGAGAAGCACCAGGGCUUGCUCUCCCUCUUCUGCAAGGACGACGGAGCCCCCAUCUGUAUAGUGUGCAAGAAGUUCAUGCACCGCAAUCACAAUGUGGUCCCUGUGGAGGAGGCAGUCCAAAGCUACAAGGAUGAAUUCAAAGUCUUUUUGGAACGACUGAAGAAAGAAAAAGAGACACUAAAGAGACUGAAAACUCUUGAAGAGCUGCGAAGACAGGAUUUUCGGAAAAUGUUAGAACAGGAGUACAAGAAGGCCAGAAUUGCCUUUGACAAAAUGCGGCAGUUUCUAGAAGAGAAUCAGCGCUUAUGGAUGGUUCAUCUGGAAGAGAUGGUGAAAGAGACAGAGAAGAGAUCUGACGAAAAUGUCACCAAACUCUCUGAAGGGAUUUCCCAAGUCUGUCGGCUGACCGCUGAAAUAGAGGAGAGAUGUGAGCAGCCAGAAAAUAAAUUCUUACAGAAUGUCAAAAAGGCUUUGGACAGGUCUCAGGAGGACAUAGAAGAGUACAUCCGGGACAUUUCUUCCAAACUGGAGGAGAGACUUAAAUUUGCUUGUCUUAAAAAUUCUAUCUUGGAAAACGCGGUGCAGAAUUAUAAAGAGUAUGUAGACAAAGCUCUGAGUCCAGCCAUUUUGGAACGAACCUUGGAUGCAGAUAAUCUAAAGAAAUUAGCAAAUAAAGUGUGUGUGACUCUUGAUCCGGACACGGCCCAUCCCUACCUCAAUCUGUCUGAGGAUCAGAAGGUUGUGACAUGGGAAUCCAAGAAGAAGAAAAGGGAAUAUUUGAAGAAGACCAUGCCGAACAACCCAGAGAGAUUUAGCUGGGAGACCUGUGCCCUUGGCUCUCAGAAGUUUACCUCUGGGAUCCAUUGGUGGGUGGUGGAAACAUUGGGGCUGGGAAGCUGGGCCAUUGGCAUCGCAAGGGAGUCCAUGAAGAGAAAGGGGGUUUUGCAGUUAAGCCCUGAAGAGGGGGUCUGGUCUUUGAGGAAGCCAUUCAGGGGUGCUGCGUACUUUGCUUGCGAGAUCUUGGCAGUCGUCUUACCCGAACCAAUCGUUUUGACCUUGACUCAAGAGCCCACCAAGAUUCUUGUGGCCCUGGAUUAUGAGGGUGGCCGGGUGGAUUUCUUUGAUGGUGAUACUAAUGGAUUCAUCUUUUCUUUCCAUAUAGAACCUCUCUCUGGGGAGGCGCUCCGACCUUUUUUCGAACUGAGAGAAUGGGGUUUCUCCUUGCAGUGCUUAAGCUAAGCUGAGGAAAAAGUAAGGUGGGCCUUUUUUUGGAUUGCAACUCCCAGAAAUCUCCAGACAAGAAUGCUUGGGGAAUUCUGGGAGGUGCAGAGUUACCAAACCUGGGUUAGACAAGAUCAGUCUGCCUGCAUGGAGUUGUUAAAUAAUGGGAAGAAAUGGUGACUUGUCAAACCAAUUUAUUUUAACUUUGAAUUUUUAAAAAUCAGAAAUAUUUAUUGUCUUGAGAUUCAUAAAGUUGCU